AAAUUAACAUGAACCAAAAACAAAAAGCAGUUCGUUGUACGAGAAUUUGGUAGAGUACCGACUAAUUUAGCUGCGGUGGCGUUUGUUUGAUUCAUAAUGUCCAAUUAACCAUCGUCGUUGUUAAUCUCAACUCAAGGGCAUAUUAGUCUUUUAAAACUCGUUUGGUUCGUUCUACUUCAAUGACAUAGCCGUUUACAUAGGUUUUGAAAUGCGAGGAUUAAUCCUUAAUCAAUCAAAUCACAACGAUCAAUUAAUCUUUAAUUAAUCCUUAAUUAAUCUACAAACAACAAACAAACUCUGCAUUUCAUUUUCAUUUUCAUUUUCUCCCUCUGUUUCGCAUUCGAACCCAAAACUUUCAUAACAACGUUCUCUCUCUUCGCCGCAAACAACCGUAACAAACGCCAGUUUCUUGUUACCGAUUCUGUUUCUGCAAUCGCAUCAUUUUCAGAUCUGAAUCGCACAAAUCUAAAGUUUCUGCAAUUUUCUCUUCACUUUCUUCCGAUUCGGUUUCUCUCACUUUCAUGUUCUUCUCAAGCGCGUGUGUAACAGAUCUUGAAAAUUGGCGCCUCAACGACGUUCCCAGCGCCACGUGGCUGGCCAAAUGCCGCCACAGGGUAAUGCAGGAGCAGCCGCCGCGAUUUAUGAUCAAGCUGCCGGCGGCUCCCUGCAAAGCUCGUCAACUGAUGCCGGAGAUGCUGUCAUGGCGCGGUGGCUUCAGUCCGCCGGUUUGCAGCAUUUAGGCUCUCCGCUUGCUUCAUCCGGUAUCGAUCAUCGCCUUCUCCCUAACCUUCUCAUGCAGGGUUAUGGAGCACAGUCUGCUGAAGAGAAGCAGAGACUUUUGAAGUUAAUGAGAAAUUUAAAUUUUAAUGGGGAAUCUGGUUCGGAGUUGUAUACGUCCAAUGCUCAAACUUUUGGUGGAGUGGCUGCAUCGGAUGGAUUUUAUACUCCUGAUUUCAGAGGGGAUUUUGGAGCCGGGCUUUUGGAUCUUCAUGCCAUGGAUGACACAGAACUUUUGUCUGAGCAUAUGAUUUCAGAACCUUUGGAACCAUCACCCAUGCCUGGAGAUACAAGAGUAUUUGGAGAUGAUUUCUAUCCAAUUAACAGCAAGCUGGAAAAAGAAGCAGAUGUUGAUGCAUCAAUUAAUUUACCUAUGAAUGAAAAAGAGAAUAGUACAAGGGAGAAUAACGUCGCUAAGAUUAAAGUUGUGGUACGUAAAAGGCCUUUAAACAAGAAAGAGCUUGCUAAGAAGGAGGAUGAUGUUGUAACUGUAACUGACAAUGCAUAUUUGACGGUCCAUGAGCCUAAACUAAAGGUUGAUUUGACAGCUUAUGUGGACAAGCAUGAAUUUUGUUUUGAUGCCGUUCUUGAUGAGCAGGUUACCAAUGAUGAAGUAUACCGAGCUACAGUUGAACCAAUUAUCCCUACAAUUUUUGAACGAACCAAAGCUACCUGUUUUGCUUAUGGUCAGACAGGAAGUGGCAAAACAUACACAAUGCAACCUUUACCACUCAGAGCUGCAGAAGACCUUGUUCGACAGUUGCACCAGCCAGUUUACAGGAGUCAGAAAUAUAAAUUGUGGCUUAGCUACUUCGAGAUAUAUGGUGGAAAGCUAUAUGAUCUUCUUAGUGACAGAAGGAAACUUUGCAUGAGGGAAGAUGGACGACAGCAAGUUUGCAUUGUAGGACUGCAAGAAUUUGAAGUUUUUGAUGUUCAAAUUGUCAAAGAAUUCAUUGAAAAGGGAAGUGCUUCAAGAAGUACAGGAUCUACGGGUGCUAACGAGGAGUCUUCCAGGUCGCAUGCUAUCUUACAAUUGGUUGUAAAGAAGCACAAUGAAGUGAAAGAGGGCAGGCGAAACACUAACAAUGAUGGAAAUGAGGCAAGAAAUGGGAAGGUUGUGGGGAAGAUUUCUUUCAUUGAUCUUGCUGGAAGCGAAAGAGGUGCUGACACUACUGAUAAUGAUCGUCAAACACGGAUUGAAGGAGCCGAAAUCAAUAAGAGCCUUUUGGCUUUGAAGGAAUGCAUUCGCGCUUUAGACAAUGACCAGAUCCACAUUCCAUUUCGGGGAAGCAAACUUACAGAAGUGCUGCGGGACUCCUUUGUAGGCAACUCAAAAACUGUUAUGAUCUCUUGUAUAUCUCCAGGUGCCGGGUCUUGUGAACACACGCUUAACACCCUGAGAUAUGCUGAUCGGGUUAAAAGUCUUUCUAAAAGUGGAAAUCCUAGAAAAGACCCAAUUCCUAAUAAGGACGUUUCAUCUACGUCAACCCCUCCAGCUAGUGCUUGUGCAGAGGAUUUUAGUGAUCAACGCCAAGAGAAACCAAUGGAUAUGGGCAAGAAGCCAUUUGAAAAGGAGAAUACUAUGUAUAGCUCUGCUGCUAUUGCUGACAAACAGUUACCUAGUAUUUCUUCAAAUUACCUAUCAAAUGGAAGAGAAGAUAAAGGCUGGACUUAUGCUUCAAUGGAGAGGGAGAGGUUCGAAAUGAAAAACUCUUAUAAUGAUUCUUCCAGUCAAAAGAUGAGCUCUUAUUCACAAUAUGAUACAGAUGAGAAAGUGCAAAAGGUGUCUCCCCCACGCAGAAAAGGUUCUAAGGAAGAAAAGUCUGAAAGGCCAGCAAACUUGAUGAAAAGGGAUACCAAUGGUUCUGAUCUCUUCACCACAAGCUCCAAGCAGCAGACCGCAGGAAAUCACAACACUGUUACCACUGGAUCCAGGCUUUAUGAAGCAGAAUCCGCUCCUGAUGAGAAUAUCAAUGCAGUAAUUGAGGAGGAAGAAGCACUAAUUGCUGCUCAUAGGAAAGAAAUUGAGGAUACGAUGGAGAUUGUUCGUGAAGAAAUGAAACUCUUGGCCGAAGUGGACCAACCAGGAAGCCGUAUUGACAAUUAUGUAGCCCAAUUGAGCUUUGUGCUUUCUCGCAAAGCAGCAAGUCUUGUGGGUCUCCAAGCUCGCCUGGCAAGAUUCCAACAUCGACUAAAAGAACAAGAAAUUCUAAGUAGGAAGAGAGUUCCCCGUUCAUAAGAGAUUCGGUUUCUCUUAUUGUAAGUGUCUUGUGCAUUGUGAUCUGUAUUCUAAUGUUUGAUAUCAACUGAUCUUUUACUUUAAUUUGGAUACAUUCUAAUUGAAGUUACCUACAUGUAUAUACUCUUAUGUGAUAUUUUAGCCAACAAAGGCCUUUGCAAAUUUGCCAUAAAUAUUAUAUGUAGGUUAUUACUUGCCCAAAAUUUUAAGUUUAAGGGCAAAAUGAAAAAAAUGAAAGAAUUUGACACCGUUGCGAAAA